UAUUAGACAGGGGUUUUCCUCGUCCUGUCACACAUACUGAAGCGAGUCUUGAGGAGAAGCCCCGCAGCUGAUCCAAGAUGGAGACGACGGUGAAGGACCACAUUAUAGACACGCCCAACGCCCUGGACGUUGGCACUGAACCACCCCCUCCUGGAGAGAUAAAGAUAGACUCAGUGGAAAGCGACUCUGUUUCUCUGAGCUGGGGCAGUCCAGAAAAUAUGGAUGGGAUCCCACACAGCUUUUACAUUACCUACUCUAGCUCUGAUAGGAGUCACCAAGACUACAUCACUGCACCCUCCAAUUCCACUGUCAUCUCUAAGCUAAGACCUGGGAGAGAGUACACCUUCACAGUCACCACAGUGCUGGAGAAUGGGACCCAAAGCAUGCCUGUUUCAACAGCUGUCUGCACAAAAGCACAUCCUCCAGGAGAGAUAAAGAUAGACUCAGUCAGAAGCGACUCUGUUUCUCUGAGCUGGGACAGUCCUGACAAUAUGGAAGGGAUCCCACACAGCUUUUACAUUACCUACUCUAGCUCUGAUAGGAGUCACCAAGACUCCAUCACUGCACCCUCUAAUUCCACUGUCAUCUCUAAGCUGAGACCUGGGAGAGAGUACACCUUCACAGUCAUCACAGUGCUGAUGAAAGGGACCCAGAGCAUGCCUGUUUCAACAGCUGCCUGGACAAAACCGUCUCCUAAUGGAGAGAUAAAUAUAGACUCAGUGGGAAGUGACUGUGUUUCUGUGAGCUGGGACAGUCCUGACAAUAUGGAAGGGAUCCCACACAGCUUUUACAUUACCUACUCUAGCUCUGAUGAGAGUCACCAAGACUACAUCACUGCAACUUCCAAUUCCACUGUCAUAUCUAAGCUGAGACCUGGGAGAGAGUACACCUUCACAGUCACCACAGAGCUGGAGAAUGGGAUCCAGAGCAUGCCUGUUUCAACAGCUGCCUGGACAAAACCGUCUCCUCCUGGAGUGAUAAAGUUAGACUCAGUGGGAAGUGACUCUGUUUCUCUGAGCUGGGAGAGUCCAGAAUAUAUGGAUGGGAUCCCACAUAGUUUUCACAUUACCUACUCUAGCUCUGAUGAGAGUCAGCAAGACUCCAUCACUGCACCCUCCAAUUCCACUGUCAUCUCUGAGCUAAGACCUGGGAGAGAGUACACCUUCACAGUCACCACAGAGCUGGAGAAUGGGAUCCAGAGCUUGCCUGUUUCAACAUAUGUCUGCACAAAACCGCCUACUGGAGAGAUAACGAUAGACUCAAUGGGAUGCGACUAUGUUUCUCUGAGCUGGGACAGUCCUGAAAAUAUGGAUGGGACCCCACACAGCUUUUACAUUACCUACUCUACCUCUGAUAGGAGUCACCACGACUCCAUCACUGCACCCUCCAAUUCCACUGUCAUCUCUGAGCUGAGACCUGGGAGACAGUACACCUUCACACUCACCACAGAACUGGAGAAUGGGACCCAGAGCAUGCCUGUUUCAACAGCUGUUUGCACAAAACCGUCUCCUCCUGGAGAGAUAAACAUAGACUCAGUGGAAAUGGAUUCUGUUUCUCUGACUUGGGUCAGUCCUGACAAUAUGGAAGGGAUCCCACACAGUUUUUACAUUACCUACUCUAGCUCUGAUAGGGGUCACCAAGACUCCAUCACUGCACCCUCCAAUUCCACAGUCAUCUCUGAGCUGAGACCUGGGAGAGAGUACACCUUCACAGUCACCACAGUGCUGGAGAAUGGGACCCAGAGCAUGACAGUUUCAACAGCUGUCUGCACAAAAUCACCCCCUCCUGGAGAGAUAAAGAUAGACUCAGUGGAAAGCGACUCUGUUUCUCUGAGCUGGGACAAUCCUGACAAUAUGGAAGGAAUCCCACACAGCUUUUACAUUACCUACUCUAGCUCUGAUGAGAGUCACCAAGACUACAUCACUGCACCCUCCAAUUCCACUAUCAUCUCUGAGCUGAGACCUGGGAGAGAGUACACCUUCACAGUCACCACAGAGCUGGAGAAUGGGACCCAGAGCACGCCAGGUUCAACAGCUGUUUGCACAAAACCGUCUCCUCCUGGAGAGAUAAAGUUAGACUCAGUCAGAAGUGACUCUGUUUCUCUGAGCUGGGAGAGUCCAGAAAAUAUGGAUGGGAUCCCACAUAGUUUUCACAUUACCUACUCUAGCUCUGAUAGGGGUCACCAAGACUCCAUCACUGCACCAUUCAAUUCCUCUGUCAUCUCUAAGCUGAGACCUGGGAGAGAGUACACCUUCACUGUCACCACAGAGCUGGAGAAUGGGAUCCAGAGCUUGCCUGUUUCAACAUAUGUCUGCACAAAACCACCCCCUCCUGGAGAGAUAAAGAUAGACUCAGUGGAAAGCGACUCUGUUUCUCUGAGCUGGGACAAUCCUGACAAUAUGGAUGGGAUCCCACACAGCUUUUACAUUACCUACUCUAGCUCUGAUGAGAGUCACCAAGACUACAUCACUGCACCCUCCAAUUCCACUAUCAUCUCUGAGCUGAGACCUGGGAGAGAGUACACCUUCACAGUCACCACAGAGCUGGAGAAUGGGACCCAGAGCACGCCAGUUUCAACAGCUGUUUGCACAAAACCGUCUCCUCCUGGAGUGAUAAAGUUAGACUCAGUGGGAAGUGACUCUGUUUCUCUGAGCUGGGAGAGUCCAGAAAAUAUGGAUGGGAUCCCACAUAGUUUUCACAUUACCUACUCUAGCUCUGAUGAGAGUCAGCAAGACUCCAUCACUGCACCCUCCAAUUACACUGUCAUCUCAAAACUGAGACCUGGGAGAGAGUACACCUUCACAGUCACCACAGAGCUGGAGAAUGGGAUCCAGAGCUUGCCUGUUUCAACAUAUGUCUGCACAAAACCGCCUACUGGAGAGAUAACGAUAGACUCAGUGGGAUGCGACUCUGUUUCUCUGAGCUGGGACAGUCCUGAAAAUAUGGAUGGGACCCAACACAGCUUUUACAUUACCUACUCUAGCUCUGAUAGGAGUCACCACGACUCCAUCACUGCACCCUCCAAUUCCACUGCCAUCUCUGAGCUAAGACCUGGGAGACAGUACACCUUCACAGUCACCACAGAACUGGAGAAUGGGACCCAGAGCAUGCCUGUUUCAACAGCUGUUUGCACAAAACCGUCUCCUCCUGGAGAGAUAAACAUAGACUCAGUGGAAAUGGAUUCUGUUUCUCUGACUUGGGUCAGUCCUGACAAUAUGGAAGGGAUCCCACACAGUUUUUACAUUACCUACUCUAGCUCUGAUAGGGGUCACCAAGACUCCAUCACUGCACCCUCCAAUUCCACUGUCAUCUCUGAGCUGAGACCUGGGAGAGAGUACACCUUCACAGUCACCACAGAGCUGGAGAAUGGGACCCAGAGCAAGCCAGUUUCAACAGCUGUCUGCACAAGUAAGGAUACGUUCUCUACAACUCAGAAACCACCCCCUCCUGGAGAGGUAAAGAUAGACUCAGUGGAAAGCGACUCUGUUUCUCUGAGCUGGGGCAGUCCUGACAAUAUGGAAGGGAUCCCACACAGCUUUUACAUUACCUACUCUAGCUCUGAUAAGAGUCACCAAGACUACAUCACUGCACCCUCCAAUUCCACUAUCAUCUCUGAGCUGAGACCUGGGAGAGAGUACACCUUCACAGUCACCACAGAGCAGGAGAAUGGGACCCAGAGCACGCCAGUUUCAACAGCUGUUUGCACAAAACCGUCUCCUCCUGGAGUGAUAAAGUUAGACUCAGUGGGAAGUGACUCUGUUUCUCUGAGCUGGGGCAGUCCAGAAAAUAUGGAUGGGAUCCCACACAGCUUUUACAUUACCUACUCUAGCUCUGAUAGGAGUCACCAAGACUACAUCACUGCACCCUCCAAUUCCACUGUUAUCUCUGAGCUGAGACCUGGGAGAGAGUACACCUUCACAGUCACCACAGUGCUGGAGAAUGGGACCCAGAGCAUGCCUGUUUCAACAGCUGUUUGCACAAAACCACCCCCUCCUGGAGAGAUAAAGUUAGACUCAGUCAGAAGUGACUCUGUUUCUCUGAGCUGGGGCAGUCCUGACAAUAUGGAAGGGAUCCCACACAGCUUUUACAUUACCUACUCUAGCUCUGAUAAGAGUCACCAAGACUACAUCACUGCACCCUCCAAUUCCACUAUCAUCUCUGAGCUGAGACCUGGGAGAGAGUACACCUUCACCGUCACCACAGAGCAGGAGAAUGGGACCCAGAGCACGCCAGUUUCAACAGCUGUUUGCACAAAACCGUCUCCUCCUGGAGUGAUAAAGUUAGACUCAGUGGGAAGUGACUCUGUUUCUCUGAGCUGGGGCAGUCCAGAAAAUAUGGAUGGGAUUCCACACAGCUUUUACAUUACCUACUCUAGCUCUGAUAGGAGUCACCAAGACUACAUCACUGCACCUUCCAAUUCCACUGUUAUCUCUGAGCUGAGACCUGGGAGAGAGUACACCUUCACAGUCACCACAGUGCUGGAGAAUGGGACCCAGAGCAUGCCUGUUUCAACAGCUGUUUGCACAAAACCGUCUCCUCCUGGAGAGAUAAAGUUAGACUCAGUCAGAAGUGACUCUGUUUCUCUGAGCUGGGAGAGUCCAGAAAAUAUGGAUGGGAUCCCACAUAGUUUUCACAUUACCUACUCUAGGUCUGAUGAGAGUCAGCAAGACUCCAUCACUGCACCCUCCAAUUCCACUGUCAUCUCUAAACUGAGACCUGGGAGAGAGUACACCUUCACAGUCACCACAGAGCUGGAGAAUGGGAUCCUGAGCUUGCCUGUUUCAACAUAUGUCUGCACAAAACCACCCCCUCCUGGAAAGGUAAAGAUAGACUCAGUGGAAAGCGACUCUGUUUCUCUGAGCUGGGGCAGUCCUGACAAUAUGGAAGGAAUCCCACACAGCUUUUACAUAACCUACUCUAGCUCUGAUGAGAGUCACCAAGACUACAUCACUGCACCCUCCAAUUCCACUAUCAUCUCUGAGCUGAGACCUGGGAGAGAAUACACCUUCACAGUCACCACAGAGCUGGAGAAUGGGACCCAGAGCAUGCCUGUGUCAGCAGCUGUUUACACAAAACCGUCUCCUCCUGGAGAGAUAAAGAUAGACUCAAUGGGAAGUGACUCUGCUUCUCUAAGGUGGGACAGUCCUGAAAAUAUGGAUGGGAUCCCACACAGCUUUUACAUUACCUACUCUAGCUCUGAUGAGAGUCACCAAGACUCCAUUACUGCACCCUCCAAGUCCACUGUCAACCCUAAGAUGAGACCUGGGAGAGAGUACACCUUCACAGUCCCCAUAGAGCUGGAGAAUGGGACCCAGAGCAUGCCAGUUUCAACAGCUGUCUGGACAAAACCACCCCCUCCUGGAGAGAUAAAGAUAGACUCAGUGGGAAGCGACUUUCUUUCUUUGAGCUGGGGCAGUCCUGACAAUAUGGAUGGGACCCCACACAGCUUUUAUAUUACCUACUCUAGCUCUGAUGAGAGUCACCAAGACUACAUCACUGCACCCUCCAAUUCCACUGUCAUCUCUGAGCUGAGACCUGGGAGAGAGUACACCUUCACAGUCACCACAGAGCUGGAGAAUGGGACCCAGAGCAUGCCUGUGUCAGCAGCUGUUUACACAAAACCGUCUCCUCCUGGAGAGAUAAAGAUAGACUCAAUGGGAAGUGACUCUGUUUUACUGAGCUGGGAGAGUCCAGAAAAUAUGGAUGGGAUCCCACACAGUUUUCACAUUACCUACUCUAGCUCUGAUGAGAGUCACCAAAACUCCAUCACUGCACCCUCCAAUACAACUGUCAUCUCUAAGCUGAGACCUGGGAGAGAGUACACCUUCACAGUCACCACAGAGCUGGAGAAUGGGACCCAGAGCAUGCCAGUUUCAACAGUUGUCUGGACAAAACCACCCCCUCCUGGAGAGAUAAAGAUAGACUCAGUGGAAAGCGACUCUGUUUCUCUGAGCUGGGACAAUCCUGACAAUAUGGAUGGGAUCCCACACAGCUUUUACAUUACCUACUCUAGCUCUGAUGAGAGUCACCAAGACUACAUCACUGCACCCUCCAAUUCCACUGUUAUCUCUGAGCUGAGACCUGGGAGAGAGUACACCUUCACAGUCACCACAGAGCUGGAGAAUGGGACCCAGAGCAUGCCUGUUUCAACAGCUGUCUGCACAAAUCCGUCUCCUCCUGGAGAGAUAAAGACAGACUCAGUGGAAAUGGAUUCUCUUUCUCUGAGCUGGGGCAGUCCUGACAAUAUGGAUGGGAUCCCACACAGCUUUCACAUUACCUACUCUAGCUCUGAUAGGAGUCACCAAGACUCCAUCACUGCACCCUCCAAUUCCACUGUCAUCUCUAAGCUGAGACCUGGGAGAGAGUACACCUUCACAGUCACCACAGUGCUGGAGAAUGGGACCCAGAGCAUGCCUGCUUCAACAGCUGUCUGCACAAAACCGUCUCCUCCUGGAGAGAUAAAGAUAGACUCAGUGGGAAGCGACUCUGUUUCUCUGAACUGGGACAGUCCUGACAAUAUGGAUGGGAUCCCACACAGUUUUUACAUUACCCACUCUAGCUCUGAUGAGAGUCAGCAAGACUCCAUCACUGCACCCUCCAAUUCCACUGUCAUCUCUAAGCUGAGACCUGGGAGAGAGUACACCUUCACAGUCACCACAGUGCUGGAGAAUGGGACCCAGAGCAUGCCUGUUUCAACAGCUGUCUGUACAAGGAAGGAUACGUUCUCUACAACUCAAAAACCACCCCCUCCUGGAGAGAUAAAGAUAGACUCAGUGGAAAGCGACUCUGUUUCUCUGAGCUGGGGCAGUCCUGACAAUAUGGAUGAGAUCCCACACACCUUUUACAUUACCUACUCUAGCUCUGAUGAGAGUCACCAAGACUCCAUCACUGCACCCUCUAAUUCCACUGUCAUCUCUAAGCUGAGACCUGGGAGAGAGUACACCUUCACAGUCACCACAGAACUGGAGAAUGGGACCCAGAGCAUGCCUGUUUCAACAGCUGUUUGCACAAAACCACCUCCACCUGUAGAUAUAAAGAUAGAGUCAGUGGGAAGUGACUCUGUUUUUCUGAGCUGGGACAGUCCUCACAUUAUGGAUGGGAUCCCACACAGCUUUUAUAUGAUCUACUCUAUCUCUGACAGGAGUCACCAAGACUCCAUCACUGCACCCUCCAAUUCCACUGCCAUGCUGAGACCUGGGACAGAGUACACCUUCACAAUCACCACAGAGCUGGAGAAUGGGAUCCAGAGCAUGCCAACAGUUAUCUACAUAAUCAUCUCUAAGCUGAGACCUGGGAGAGAGUACACCUUCACAGUCACCACAGAGCUGGAGAAUGGGACCCAGAGCAUGCCUGUUUCAACAGCUGUCUGCACAAAACCAGCCCCUCCUGGAGAGAUAAAGAUAGACUCAGUGGAAAGCGACUCUGUUUCUCUGAGCUGGGGCAGUCCUGACAAUAUGGAUGAGAUCCCACACACCUUUUACAUUACCUACUCUAGCUCUGAUGAGAGUCACCAAGACUACAUCACUGCACCCUCCAAUUCCACUGUCAUCUCUAAGCUGAGACCUGGGAGAGAGUACACCUUCACAGUCACCACAGAGCUGGAGAAUGGGAUCCAGAGCUUGCCUGUUUCAACAUAUGUCUGCACAAAGCCAUCUACUGGAGAGAUAAAGAUAGACUCAGUAGGAAGCGACUCUGUUUCUCUGAGCUGGGACAGUCCUGACAAUAUCAAUAUAGAUGGGAUCCCACAUAGUUUUUACAUUACCUACUCUAGCUCUGACAGUAGUCACCAAGACUCCAUCACUGCACCCUCCAAUUCCACUGUCAUCUCUAAGCUGAGACCUGGGAGAGAGUACACCUUCACAGUCACCACAGAGCUGGAGAAUGGGACCCAGAGCAUGCCUGUUUCAACAGCUGUCUGCACAAGUAAGGAUACGUUCUCUACAACUCAGAAACCACCCCCUCCUGGAGAGGUAAAGAUAGACUCAUUGGAAAGCGACUCUGUUUCUCUGAGCUGGGGCAGUCCUGACAAUAUGGAUGGGAUCCCACACAGCUUUUACAUUACCUACUCUAGCUCUGAUAAGAGUCACCAAGACUCCAUUACUGCACCCUCCAAUUCCACUGUCAUCUCUAAGCUGAGACCUGGGAGAGAGUACACCUUCACAGUCACCACAGAGCUGGAGAAUGGGACCCAGAGCAUGCCUGUUUCAACAGCUGUCUGCACAAAUCCGUCUCCUCCUGGAGAGAUAAAGACAGACUCAGUGGAAAUGGAUUCUCUUUCUCUGAGCUGGGACAGUCCUGAAAAUAUGGGUGGGAUCCCACACAGCUUUUACAUUACCUACUCUAGCUCUGAUAGGAGUCACCAAGACUCCAUCACUGCACCCUCCAAUUCCACUGUCAUCUCUAAGCUGAGACCUGGGAGAGAGUACACCUUCACAGUCACCACAGAGCUGGAGAAUGGGAUCCAGAGCAUGCCUGUUUCAACAGCUGUCUGCACAAAACCUCUCCAGGCACAGUGCUGCGGAGUAAAAACAAAACACUACAUUUGCUGUAUGUAAUGUUAAACAUGAUGACAAUGCAAUCAAUCCACUGGAACUUAUCACAGCUUUCUGCAGCAGGAAAUGAUGUUCAAAAUGUCAAUGUGCCAGUUUGCUGUACCUCUCUUGCUCGCUGACUGCAGCACCAAUCAGUGUACAUUAAUGCUGUGGGCCAUGCGAGACAUUGUGAAGGACUGGAGACCUCACUCACUAGCAGAUAAAAGAGGGUUUGUAGAAGAGAAUAUAGUCAGCACUGCCAUGAUUUUUUCAUCGAUUGUGAUAUGGAGCGCGGAAAUGCUAGAAGGAGAAUUUCUAAUCGUUUAGUUGAGAUCAGUUGGUACCUUCCGUGAAGAAUUUAGAUGUUUUUCCUGAGCCAGUGCCCAUUGUUAACCUUUGAGGGGACGUAGGCUAUUUUCAAACACAGUUUAGUUUUCAGAAUUGUUUUUAACAUAGGGGAAAUAGAGUACAAGUUACUGGCCUCCCUUGAAACUAUUAAAGACAGCUUGUUUUUGGUUUUUAAUUCUCAGGGUAAACCACAGCAGGAAACCCUGGAACACUUGAAGAAAUUAAAAUCAGAGUUACAGUUAGAAAAAAGACAGUUCUUGAUUAAACUCAGACUGAUCAAUGAUGCAGACUUUGUGAAGAACCUGAUCUCCACAAUGGCAAGAAUUAUACAAAAUAAGCCACAUAAAAUCAAAAUAGAAGGCAUGUCUGCUGUAGCUAAGGCAUUUAAGAUUGUGUGGCAGGGCAAGAGCCUUGCCUCUUUAGUUGCUGGGUAUUCACUGUGUGUGUGUUAUAGCUUUGUAGUCCACAGGAGAGGUGUCAUGGCCGAAGGCCUAAAAAACUACACCUCCCAGAAGCCUCUAGGGCUGAAUGGGGAAACACCUGGGUGCAUUUGAGAAGAGUGUUAAUUUAAUUAUUGUUUGAGGUGCUCGUGCGUAAAGGCCUGUCUUUGUCUGUGUUGGUGAAGUAGGAGUCUGUUCAUGGGUAAGUAUUGUGUGCGUGCGUGCGUGUGUGCCUUUAACCAACUGUGUGUUGGGCGUUUUACAAAUGUGUUUUGAAAUGGGUAAACCGCUUAGCCGUCUCGUGUUAGUUUAGUUAGGGAAAACUUUAGCUAGUGCUCCAAGCUGGAGCUGGACUUUUGUUUUUGUGUUUUGUGUUUUGUUUUGUGUACAAUAAAAGUGUGCAGAAAAGCGCUAAGCUGCAGUUCUUGUGUCUGGGUCAACCGUAUUUUUUUAAGGGGGCAAUCCAGCCUUGGCUGGGGGCUAUGUCACAAUUGCUAUAGACGAAAAGAGCCCUGAAUGUCACACAGGAACACAAUGUGCUGAAGGGAUCACAACCAAAACAGACGAGGUCCUGCAGUUUAAGAAGAAACAGCUACCAUUGCAAGGUGAACAAAAAAAAAAUAUGACAGGAGACCAGCUGUGGUAGGACAGCUGGGUGGUGACGUACCCAGACCAGGAGGCUGACACCCAAACACAGGUACUGCAGGUUUAAGGCGCUGGUGCGCGUAUUUAAUUAAAAGAAUAAAAUAAAUGGGGCUUCAGAGGACAGCGCGUGUGUUCGUCUUCGCCGGGGUUGGUAGCGGUGAGCUGAGCCUAAAAAUAAUUGGCUAUUCUGAAUUGGGAGAAAAUGAUAAAACUAUUGGUGACUACUAAAUUUAAAAAAAAUUAAAAAUAAAAAGGGUAUACAAAAACACUGCUCAUCUUUGAACUCCCCCACCCCGUUCAGCAAAUGCUGCCUUUAUUUAUUAAAGUGUCCUUCUGUUAUUAAAGCUGUGAUAGAUUGUAUUGGUUAAUUGAACUGACUUUUAUGUAACUCUGAGACUAUUGUAAUAAAACUUUUUUGGGACUUUUGUUUUGCCUU